AUGAAGGACGGGGGAGGACAGCAGAGAGAAACGGAACUUAUUUUAAUGCAGAGCCCCCAAACCGUGCAGUCUCACUUGAGCAGGCCUCUGGGUCUGAGGAGGCUGCUCCUGCCCUCCCAGAGCUGCCCCACAGUAGUACCCACAGCAGUACCCACACUUGCAGCUCUGCCUUGGCCCACAGGACCUCCAGGAUGAUGAGGGGCAGGAAAAAGGCAGGGGCAAGUGCUGGCUUCCUGGGACACAGCCACACACAGGCUCCUCCAGCCACCUUGUCAACAGCAGAGACCUGCAAGGCCAUGGCCAGGGGGAAACCUGACAUUUCAUCCUUCCCCCAUCAUUCACCCAUACAUCACAGGCUUUUCAGAGUCUGUGAUGGAGAGGCAGGAAGUAGGACAUGAAAGGAGGGGGAGGUCUGGGGGCUUGCAUACAGUUGUGCUCCUCCACCUCGUUACCAGAGCCUGCAGUUGUCUGUGAUAAGGCAGGACUCAGCUGAGCAGCACUGUGAAGUUCAGAUUUGCUACUGCACAUCAACGAAGUGAUACUGGAGCUGCUACGUAGCAGCCCUGAUGGAACAGGACAGCAGCCUCCCUCCAGCUGCCCAAACUCACCCACGGCCACAAUGCCACAACAGCAUCAUGGCUUUGCAAGAAGGCACGAGAGAAGGGCAAGAACACCUGGAAGUGAAACCCCGACAGAUUCGAGAAGCCUUCCCCAAGUGACAGCCUGAGGCCGCAGGCUCCCACCGGGGCACGAGCGAACCGAGCAUGUGGACGGUCUGCUAAAAGGAAACCCGGCAAGACGCAGGGAAGCACAAAGGGCCUGCGGGCAUCGCACCUGGUUGGGAGAGGGCCUGGAGCCAUGGACACCGCUGGAACCCAUGAGGAUUCUGGGAUCCAUCUAAGACAAAGUUCUGCUGCUCCCCUGCCUAAGCCCCCAGCUCCCCACUCAGAUUGUUCCCUCCAUCCCCCGGGUCCCCUCCCCAGGCCGGGGUGCUGCUGCUGUCCCCAGGCCAGGCUCUGAGCGCUGGGCCAGCCCUGCCCUCUAGUGCCCCGGGAGCUGCUCCGUGCAGGGCUCAGCCCCGGCUCCCGGCAGCUGGGCCACCCAAAGUCCUGCCGGGCCCGCGGAGCAGAGCAGGGGCUGACAGGCUUCCCACCGCCCCGCGGCACCACCUCCCACCCCGACACCGCUGCUGAGGGGACACGGGGACACGGCCCGGACCCUCCGGAGCACCACAGCCCGAGGGAGCAGCGCUGUCCCCGCAGCACAGGUGCCCUGCGCCCCAGGCCUUGGGACAGGCAGGCGUGCCGGUGACAAUUGCCUUCCCGGCACCCCGGGUCGUUAACCUGGUGGCCAGAGCACUCGGUGGGCCGGGACGGCGUGGGGCCACGCCAAUGGGUGCCCGCAGCUGCGGGAGAGGGAGGGAGGCUCCGCAGGCUCUGGUUAAACUGGAACGAGGCGCGGCAUCGUCCCGCGGUCCCUGCCCUGGGGACUCUGACCCCGUGGGCCGGCGAGGGGAGCCGAGGCAGGCAGCGACGAGCAGCCCCACAGCCACGGGGACGGAGCCAGCGAGGAGCCGAACAGGAUGGAUCCCACCUGGGAGCUGGCAGAUGACCCCAGGUUCUCCCGCCCUUUGGUGGAGAUGCUGAUCAGGAACUUCAGCGUGCCCGCAGCCUGCUUCUCCCUGCCGCCCACCUCCCGGCAGCUGCUGCACCAGCUGGACACGGCCCAACUCAUCAUCCUGGGCCUCUGCACCAUCAUGACACUGCUGUCGGUUGUGAUCUAUGUUGAAGAGGUUUCGUACCUCUUCCGCAAGAUCCGCUGCCCUAUCAAGAUGAAGACCCUCUGCUGGAGCAGCUCAGCCCCUACGGUUGUGUCAGUGGUCAGCUGCUUUGGCCUGUGGUUCCCGCGCUCCAUGAUGGUGGUGGAGAUGGCUACCACGGCGUACUUCGCUGUCUGCUUCUACCUGCUGAUGCUGGUCAUGGUGGAGGGCUUUGGGGGGAAGGAAGCACUGCUCAGCACUCUGAAGGAUGUGCCCAUGGUGGUCAGCACUGGGCCUUGCUGCUGCUGCUGCCCCUGCCUGCCCCGAAUCACCAUGAGCAGGAUAAAGCUUAAAUUGAUGAUCCUGGGGACUUUCCAGUAUGCCCUCUUCAAGGCAGUCGCUGUCUUCCUGGGGCUGAUCCUGGCCACCGAUGGGAAUUACAACCCCGCUGACAUUUCAGCGGAGAGCGUGUCCCUCUGGAUCAACACCUUGGUUGGUGUCUCUGCCCUCUUUGGGCUGUGGGGUCUGGGCAUCCUCUUCCGGCAGGCCCGGCUGCACCUGGCUGAGCAGAACAUGCAGGCCAAGUUCACCUGUUUCCAGAUCCUGCUCCUCCUGACGGCGCUCCAGCCUGCCAUCUUCAGCAUCCUGGCCAACAACGGCAGCAUUGCCUGCUCGCCGCCCUUCUCCUCCAAGGCCAGGUCGCAGCGUAAGUACGGAGAUGAGAGAGCAGCACACAUGCUUCCAGCCAAGCCCUUCCAUCACGUGCCGUGGCAUGGGGGGUGGGCAUUGUGGCUGAGGGCAGCUUCAAAAUACCCUUCUCCUGUUCCAGAGAUGAAUGUGCAGCUGUUGAUCCCGCAGACCUUCAUCCUGGCGGUGCUGACGCGGAUGUACUACCGCAAGCAGGACGACAAGCCGGGCUACCAGCCCGUCGGCUUCGCAGCCACAGGCGCUGACGCCAAGGCGUGAGCAGAGCAGGAGGGACAAACUGGGGUGCCAAGGGGCAGAGUGGGGUGAGGGGCUGGUCUACCCUGCACAACCUUCUCCUUCUCCCCUGGCCCUGGGGAGCUGCUGGCAGCAGAAGAGGCAGAAGGGGAAAGAGCAUCU